AUGCAUGACCUAGAACAGCUCGAGCUGCUCUCGCUGGUGAGCAAAAUCACCAGCGAAAUCAGCCAGCACAUGGGCAUGAGCGACAAAACCAUCGCCGAGUUCAUCAUCGCCGAGCACGAGAAUUGCGCCAGCGUCGAUGACUUCGCGAAGAAGCUGGGGGACUUUGAUUUCUCACCAUCUCUGGCCGAGAACAUCGAUCGCCUCAUCCGGACUAUGCAUCCGAAGUACAAGGGACGUGGUGGAGGCAAGGACAUCAUGGACGAGCUGGAAGCGCUUGCGCCGAAGGACAGUAAGAAGGACAAGUUCCGUGGUCUCGCGAUUCCGGACAAGGAGAUCGAAGAGGAUGCGCUGGAUGAUACGUUUGCGCUGCUGGAGGGCAUGGCUGGUGGGCCCAAGAAGGAAACGAAUGGGCGCAAGAGGAUCAUUGAUGCGGAACGGCCUGUGGAGAGCGAGGCGCCUAGGAAACGCACGAGACGAUCACGAUCGAGAUCGAGGAGUCCCAAAAGGAACGACGACUACGUCUUUGAGGACGAAUUUGGACGAACGCGAACGCAUCGACCUUCAGAACGCAAGAGGAGGGAGGAUCGAGACAGGUCCCCGCGCCGAGAGGAGAGAUCACAUAAGAGGAAGCGUCGGAGGGACUCGUUUGAUCGAAAACCCGAACCCGAGCUGGACGACGAGCCUGUACUGCACAAAGUCUACGAUGGCUGGGUCACUGGCGUGAAAGACUUUGGAGUGUUUGUGCAGCUUCGGGGUGUGAAGGGGAAGCAGGAUGGCUUGGUCCAUGUCUCUGCGAUGGCGCAUCACAAAGUCAAUCAUCCGAGUGAUCUUGUCAGUAGAGGGCAAGAAGUGAAGGUGAAGAUUAUGAAAGUGCAGGACAAGCGCAUAAGUCUGAGCAUGUCAGAAGUGGAUCAGGUCUCCGGGCAGGAUCUCAAUGCUGGGCGCGGAUUAGCAGGGACGGGGGCGAAUGCUAUGGCUCUGAAUGGCAACGGUCUAGAAGCUGAGCUGAAGACUGUUGUGCCUGUAAUAGAGGGCAAGGGGACUGGCAGGAAACACCGGAAACGCAUGACCAGUCCGGAAAGGUGGGAGAUUCGGCAGUUGAUAGCAUCCGGUGUGAUCAAGGCCGCCGACUUCCCCGACCUGGACGAGGACUACAACGCCACGAUCAAUGGCGAGCAGAUCGAGGAAGAGGAGAACGUGGAUAUCGAGGUCAAAGACGACGAGCCGCCAUUCUUGGCUGGUCAGACGAAGCAGUCCCUAGAACUCUCGCCGAUACGUGUCAUCAAGGCUCCUGAUGGCAGCAUGAACCGAGCAGCGAUGCAGGGUGACGUGCUUGCGAAGGAACGAAGAGAUCUGAAGCAACAGGAGGCACAGGACAAAGCUAAGCAGGAGGCUGCGAAGACAGAUCUGAAUCAGGAAUGGAACGACCCCAUGGUGAACCCAAGUGAACGAAGAUUCGCGAGUGACUUGAGGCAACCGAAGCAGGGCAGUGGUGCCUCGCAAGAAGUGCCAGAGUGGAAGAAAAUCGCCACGAACAAGGCCGCCACUGGCAAGAGGACCGACAUGUCGAUCAAGGAGCAGCGAGAGAGUUUGCCUGCGUACAAGAUGCGAAAGCAGUUCUUAGACGCUGUCAGGCAAUACCAGCUCAUGAUUGUGGUCGGCGAUACUGGUUCGGGUAAAACGACACAGCUUACGCAAUACUUGGCUGAAGACGGAUUCGGGAACAAUGGCAUGAUUGGCUGCACUCAACCUCGUCGAGUAGCAGCCAUGUCAGUCGCAGCUCGUGUGAGCGAUGAAGUCGGCUGCAGACUAGGCGAAGAAGUGGGAUACACGAUUCGAUUCGAGGACAAGACGUCUGAGAACACCAAGAUCAAGUACAUGACAGACGGUAUCAUGCAGCGUGAGAUCCUGCUUGAUCCGGAGCUCAACAAGUACAGUGUCAUCAUGCUGGACGAAGCUCACGAGCGUACGAUCGCUACCGAUGUGCUUUUUGGUCUGCUUAAGAAGACCUUAAAGAGGCGACCGGACAUGAAGCUAAUCGUUACUUCUGCGACUUUGGAUGCUGAGAAGUUCUCGACAUACUUCAACGAGUGUCCAAUCUUGACAAUUCCGGGCCGCACCUUCCCUGUCGAAAUCAUGUACAGCAGGGAGCCAGAAAGCGAUUACCUCGACGCCGCACUUACUACUGUCAUGCAGAUACACCUCACGGAGAAGCCUGGAGACAUCCUGCUCUUCUUGACAGGAAAAGAAGAGAUUGACACCAGCUGUGAGAUACUGUACGAGCGCAUGAAAGCGCUAGGUCCAUCUGUUCCUGAGCUGAUGAUAUUGCCCAUCUAUGGUGCACUUCCAUCUGAGAUUGCAAGUCGCAUCUUCGAGCCGGCGCCGGAUGGAAUGAGGAAGGUAGUCAUCGCUACCAACAUUGCCGAGACAAGUAUCACGAUUGACGGAAUUUACUUCGUGGUCGAUCCGGGCUUCGUGAAGCAAACUGCAUACGACGCUAAGCUUGGCAUGGACCGAUUGCAAGUCACACCCAUUUCCCAGGCGCAAGCCAAGCAACGUGCAGGACGUGCUGGCAGAACAGGUCCUGGCAAAUGCUUCAGGCUGUAUACUGAGACCGCAUUUCAGAGUGAGAUGUUGCCUACGACAAUACCAGAGAUCCAAAGGCAAAAUUUGUCCAACACAAUUCUGAUGCUGAAAGCCAUGGGCAUCAACGAUCUUCUUGGCUUCGACUUCAUGGACCCGCCUCCCACAAACACUAUGCUUACAGCCCUGGAAGAACUCUAUGCAUUAGGCGCUCUCGACGACGAAGGCCUUCUAACACGUCUCGGGCGCCGCAUGGCCGACUUCCCCAUGGAUCCCACCCUCGGCAAGUCCCUCAUCAUGUCCGUCGAACUCGGCUGCAGCGAAGAAAUGCUGUCCAUCGUCGCCAUGAUCUCCGCCGUGCAAACCGUCUUCCACCGGCCCAAAGAAAAGCAACAACAAGCCGACCAGAAAAAAGCGCGCUUCCACGACCCCGCCGGUGACCACCUCACCCUACUCAACGUCUACCAAGGCUGGAAGAACGCAGGUCGCAACGACGCCUGGUGUUUCGAAAACUUCAUCCAACCCCGCAGCAUCAAACGCGCCGAAGACGUCCGCAAACAACUCGUCCAAAUCCUCGAACGGCACCGCCUCACCAUCGUCUCCUGCGGUCGUGACACCACACGUGUACGACAGGCCCUCUGCUCCGGCUUCUUCCGCAACUCCGCUCGCAAAGAUCCGCAAGAGGGAUACAAGACUCUCGUCGAGCAAACUCCAGUAUACAUGCACCCUGCAUCAGCACUCUUCGGAAAAGCCGCCGAGCAUGUUAUAUAUCAUAGCUUGGUGGAGACGACGAGGGAGUAUAUGCAUAACGUUACGGCGAUUGAGCCCAAGUGGCUGGUCGAGGCGGCGCCGACGUUCUUCAAGGUUGCGGGUAAGGAUGGGAUGGGCAUGAGUCGACGGCAGAAGGCAGAGAGGAUUCAGCCGUUGCAUAAUAGGUUUGCUAAUGAGGAUGAUUGGAGGUUGAGUGCGCAGAAGAGGCAGGGGAGGGCGGGUGGUGGAACUUGGGGUUAG